AUGGUCAAUUUGAUUCCUCUUCAACUGUCCACCAACAGCUGACAUCUUCCAUUCCAUUUAAUCUACCAGCCUCUCUUUCCAAAACAGGUUCCUUAACAGCAAAAGCAGCUCUUUCCCUCAACUCGACGCUCAUUUCCUUCAGAGUUGAAACUGAAACAGCUCUUUCACUUCAACUAAAAAACAAUCCUCAGAUUUCAGCAAGAUUGACUUCGCUUCCUUUUCUUGCUAUUGAUUCAGUACACAGUGAGAAUACAGGAGUGAUUGUUGCAGCAGUUGUUGUUCCAAUUGUUUCUGUUGCAGUUAUUGGAAGUGGUGUUGCUGUAUUGAUUACAACUAUUGUAAUCAUGAUGAAGAAGAAAGCAUCUGCUUCAUUGGCAAAAGAUUUAAUUAUGGCUGGUGCCACUGAUGUUGAAUUGGCCUAG